UGCCCUUCCUUUUACAUUCUAGGAAGCAUACUGCUUGGACAAUAUGGUAAUUUCGACCUACGGAAUGACCGAUAGAUAUUGAUGUUAACGUCAAUAAAUAUAUUUUAAUCAGUGUCAGUUCUGUAAUUUCAUUGACUAUUGUGUCUCUUUCCCGAAGAUCCACUAGUUAUAUACCACCGCAGUAUUUGUCACUCUCACUCUCACUCGAAAGAUAUUUUCUCCAUAGCUUCUGAAACUGUGUGUAAAGUGAAGGUGAUGCCAAUGGGUGUAGUUCAGCAGAAUCAGCACGGGAAUGGAUUUCCAUCGUCAGCCCUGAAUCCGAACGCUCCGAUGUUCGUACCGUCGUCGUAUCGUAACGUUGAGGACUUCUCCGACCAGUGGUGGUCGCUCGUUCGGUCCUCCCCUUGGUUUCGUGAUUACUGGCUUCGUGAGUGCUUCUCCGAAUCACAAUUUGAUUUUCAUUCUUCAGAUAGCUUCGAUGCGUUCUUCCCUAACGAAGAUUCGCUCCCUGACGUCGACUGUAAGAUCCGUGGAACUGAAGAUGAACAGAGAAAGGUUCGAAAGGAUUUGAUUUUGUCGAGGGUUUCGAACUGGCGUAAGGCACGCGCUAUAGUGUCGCCUAGGAACUACGAGAAGGCGCCGAAGAUUGUGAAUGUGAAAGUGAAUCCGAGGCCGAUUCAUCAACCGCGAUAGAUCAUCGAGUCACAUACCGAUUUAACGGCAGAUCUAGUCAGAUUUCUAGUGUACGUCUCUGUAGUUGUUCUGUAAACCGAUUGUAAAUACCAAUAAAAAUGAAUAGAUUCAUGAGGCCGUUGAGUAUCAUUUAUUGUGUGAAACCAAAACCAUAACAACUAGGGUUCAUAUUUCGACGGAUGUUUGCAAGAAUCUGUCUUUAAAAAAUGUAUUAAAAGGAAUCGAGUCCUCAUUCUCAGUCAUCAGUCGAGAAAGCCAAACUAUAACAUGGAAAACAAUUGUUAUAAAUCCUGGUUGUCGAUGAACUUCAUCCAGAACACAACAUAGAUCGAGUCUUCAACUUUUUUUUCACUUAUCCAUUGAUUCGUUCAUCAUAAUUAAAGCAUUGCGAGCAUGAUAACCGAGAUCUUGAAGCUGUCAGCCAACCGAAGUGUGAUUUGAGAUUUUAUUUUGAACAUAAGAAAAAGACUUUGGCAUUGAACUUAGCUUUUUAGGCAAAAUGAAGUAUUUUUAAUCAAAAUGAGAUUGACUAAUUGAUCGAGUGUGUUUGAGAUUUCUUGAGUGUGUUUUUGAAUUUAAAGAAGUUUUUUAGGCAGAAAAAGUCAUUUUAGUAAAAAAUGACAUGAUUUAGGAUAAGGGGGAGUCAGAUGUUAAGAACGCCCGCUAAGCCCAAACGCACACCGCCCCCUAGCGAAGAGUAAUUCGUCAAAUUUGACGAGAGAUUGCUUGUGAUUGGUGGAAACUCAUUUAAGUGGAUUGCAAUCCUUUCGACGACAAUUCAAUAAAGAAAACCUUUUUUUAUUAAUUUUUUUAUUUAUAAUUUUCAAUUACAAUUUAUCUACUACUAUAAAUUACACUACACU